GAGGUGGUGGUGCAGGGAGGCGGUACCACCACCUCCUGUCACCGGGGUAAAAAAAUGCCAAAAAAAUUAUGAAUGCCAUAUUUUUGGCAAAAGUCAAAAGGAUUCAAGUUGGCAGAAUGAAAAUGUUGGCAUUCUCAUAGAGAAAUAUGCCAUUUUUGUGGAAUUUAAAAAAAAAGUGGCAUUUUUUACACCGAUCGGAGGUGGUGGUUCAGGGAGGUAGUACAGGCGGUGGGAAACAUAUCCAUAUUUUUUUUAAUUUUUUUUAUGGAGUUUUACUAUUUUUUUAUUAAUUUUUAAAAUAAAAAAAAAAUUAAAAAAAAAAUUUUUUCUUAUUUUUUAUUUUAUAAAAAUUUAUUAAUUUUUUUAUUAUUUUUCUACGAAUUAUUGAAAUUUUUUCGAAUUUAUUAUGAAUUAAACAUUUAAUUAUGACUUUUAGCUAUCUUUUACUAAUAUUUAAAGGAGGGGUAAGAAUGGAAGGAAGAAAUGAGUAUGUUUCCAAUAGGACCACUAUGGUCCUAUUUUGGAAAAAAAACAUAACAAGUCCUAUUUUGUGUUUUUGCCAUAGUUUUAGUCCUAUUUGAAGUAAUUUCUAUAAACUAAAAUAUGAAAAACGGUCCAAAAAUUAAUUAUUUGGGUGAAUCUGCAAAAGAAAAUAAAACGGCAAAAAUAAUACGAGUAAAUACGUAGUACUAAGUAAAAAUUGAAAUUGAAAAAGUUAACAAAUUGAAAUGUCAAACUAGAAUGAAAGUGUAUUAUGAUGUAUUGCAGGGCACACCGGCACGAACAAAAUCAGAAAAAGAAAGCAAUAGAGACUCGCACCGGGUUACAGAAAAGAAGAAUGAAAAAGAGAAGAAGAAAAGAGCUAAGAUCGAUGAAAGAAAAGAAGAAGACUAGGGCCCGUCGACUACUCCGGCAACGAGUUGCGGUAGAUCGUCAGUGAAAACCGCACAUCUCCAGUGGGCACCUACGAGAAGAAUUACUCCGGUGUUCUCCAAUGGUCUUUCUCUUCGAUGAGAAGAGUUACUCCAGGAGCAUGUUAACUAUGUUGGCAGCUGUUGUAUGCAUGAGUACAUAAGGGUCUUUUUAUCCCUUCCGAUCAAAGUUAGUCAUAUUUAGGGUUCAAAAAGUUGUAACUCCUAUUUAAAUUCAUGGCCUUUGUUUUAGGAAAAAUUCCUUUUGUACACGUUCUUAUAUACAUCAGUAUACCUGUGUCAGUGAGAGUUUUUUUUGUCUGUGAAUGCCAGUUCACAGACAAAAACGGAUUGUUUUGUCUGUGGAAAAUUCUACAGACAAAACAAGUCAGGUUUUGUCUGUGAAUUAACAUUCACAGACAAAAAACCUCUCAUAGACACGGAUGUGUACUGGUGUGUACGAUAACAUGUACACCAAGAAUUCUCCUUGUUUUAGUCCUAUUUAUGUCUUUCUCUCAUUACUAAGAGUUAGUUUUUUCUUUGUUUUUGGAAACAAAGAGCCGGUUAUGAAUUCAUAAUAUCAUUAUUAAAACAAUAGAUAAAUACGAACAAAAAUACUCCUCUGUCCCAUAAAACUUGGCCGAAUUUUCUUUUGAAGUAAUAUGUGAUUAAAGUUAUUUAUCCCUCAUUUGCACAAAUUUUAACCACACAAAUUUUAAUUUACGUGUAAAUCAAUUAAAAAAUUUUGGCCAAGUUUCUUGAGGAGCGAGUACUUCCUAAAUAAAACCAUAGCUAACUCGAAAUCUGGGGGAAAUUGACAGAAAGAAGAGUCAAACUGUAAGAAAUAGCAAGUGACAUCAAUUCAUCAUUCCCCCGCCCAAUCGCUGGGAUAGAAACUUUCGGGCAAGGUCGCGUUUCUUCAGCAAUUUGGAUUUCCCCGACCUCCGUCUCUUGUAGACAUCUCCAGUAUUGAACUUUUUUUUAUAUUCAAAUAUUCUGGGCACAUACUUUAUUCAUGUCAGUGUACGGUAAUUGUUGAUUAGUUACCCCGUCAAUUACUUACCGCUACUAGAUCAUUGCUUUGCAUAUCCGUAUCUUCUUCUAUCUUGAAUUUUGGUUGUGUGUUUUUUAAUAAGAUUACGGCAGCAGGAUUUCAGUUGAAGUUGAGGGCGAUUAGUUUGGAUGUCCAAGUAUUGGGGGAGCCAUUUUAAGUGUGUAGUUUGAUCUUUGUGGUGCGUAUAAGAAUUGGGCCGGAGUCAUUUUCAGCACACGACCUGAGUUUUCUUGCGAUUCAUGAAUUCGUAGAAAUGAAGAGGUUGAAAAAUGAGGUACCCAACAUGAGGAGAUUCAGAUUGUCAUAUAUUCUCUUGGGUUUAUCUGGAUUUUAUUUGAUUAUCAUUUGCUUUAAGUUCCCGGAGUUUCUUGAGAGCGCCACAGCUUUUAGCAGUGACAAUGGAGAUACUGCUAAUAUGGGUAUGGAUGCAUUCUUUACCGGGGAGGAAGAAGAUGGUGAAGAAGAACUUAAGAAACGGCAUCUGGGUUCCGUUUACAUAGAUGAUUAUAACCGGAUUCUUCAAAAUAAUCCUAACUUCGAUGCACCUGUAAAGCCUCAUAAUAGGAUCGAUUACAGUCGAAUAGCAACUGCAGUCUUAAACAGACCCGGCAUGACUGGUAAUCUUACUGUAUUGGACAGAAUGGCAGAGGAAGCUUGGAAUUUAGGGUUAAAGGCGUGGGAAGAAGCAGAUGAAUAUGACGAGAAGGAGAUGAUCACAAAUUCCAUAAUUGAGGGAAUGCCUGAAUCAUGCCCAUCCUCCAUCACCACAAAUGGGGAAGAUUUGGCUAAAAGGGACAGUGCUAUGCUCCUUCCAUGUGGCCUUUCAGCCGGCUCUUCUGUCACAGUGAUUGCCACUCCGGGCUAUGCGCAUCGUGAGUAUGUGCCUCAGCUUGCUAAGAGAAGUCACAGAGACGCUUUUGUUUUAGUCUCCCAAUUUAUGUUUGAAUUACAAGGCUUGAAGUCUGUGGUUGGGGAGGACCCACCAAAGAUUUUGCAUCUGAACCCUCGGUUGAGAGGAGAUUGGAGCCACCGGCCAGUAAUUGAGCAUAAUACCUGCUAUAGGAUGCAAUGGGGUAAAUCUCACAGGUGUGAUGGUAUACCUUCCCUAAGUGAUGAGGAUAUGCUUGUUGAUGGGCAUUUGAGAUGUGAAAAAUGGAUGCGAAAUGACAUUAACGCUUCAAAAGAGUCCAAAAUAUUUUCUUGGUUUGAUCGGUUUAUAGGACGAGCAAAGAAGCCGGAGCUGACCUGGCCAUUUCCCUUUGUGGAGGGUAAAAUGUUUAUUCUCACUGUCCGUGCUGGCAUCGAUGGGUUUCAUAUAAGUGUGGGUGGACGACAUCUUUCUUCAUUUCCAUACCGAACGGGAUUCACACUGGAAGAUGCAACAGGGUUGUCUAUAAGAGGUGAUGUUAAAGUUCACUCAGUUUUUGCAACCUCUCUCCCAACUUCUCAUCCAAGCUUCUCACCCCAAAGAGUGUUGGACUUCUCAGAGAAAUGGAAGUCUUCCCCAUUACCCCGUAAUCCUAUUCGUGUUUUUAUUGGCAUUCUGUCUGCCACUAAUCACUUUGCAGAACGCAUGGCUAUUAGAAAAACAUGGAUGCAAUCUCAAGCAAUCAAAUCCUCAGAUGUAGUGGCCUAUUUCUUUGUUGCAUUGAAUCCAAGGAAGGAGUUGAAUGCAAUUUUAAAAAAAGAGGCUACAUACUUCGGGGACAUAGUAAUAUUGCCAUUUAUGGAUAGAUAUGAGUUAGUGGUUCUCAAGACUAUUGCCAUUUGUGAGUUUGGGGUUCAAAAUGUGACCGCUUCUUACAUUAUGAAAUGCGAUGAUGAUAACUUUGUAAGACUUGAUGCUGUUCUUCAAGAAAUCAAUCAUCUUCCUCCUAGAAAGCCUCUUUACAUGGGAAAUCUGAAUCUCUUGCACCGACCUCUGAGAAACGGAAAAUGGGCAGUCAGUGCUGAGGAGUGGCCAGAAGAUGUUUAUCCUCCCUAUGCUAAUGGGCCUGGAUACAUCAUUUCCAAUGAUAUUGCCAAAUAUAUCUCCUCUCAGCAUCUCAAUCACAGUUUACGGAUAUUCAAAAUGGAGGAUGUGAGCAUGGGAAUGUGGGUGGAGAAGUACAACAGCACAAACCCCGUCCAGUAUUCUCACAACUGGAAGUUCUGUCAGUAUGGAUGUACAGAGAAUUACUUCACCGCGCAUUACCAAUCUCCACGACAAAUGGAGUGCUUGUGGGACAAUCUACUCAAGGGCCGUGUUCGUUGUUGCAACUUCUAGAUUAUUACAUCCCCACUUGAAAUUCACACUGAAUCUUUGGUCUGAUUUCGUGCAAGUUUUUUCCAGCAGAUGUCGGUUACCCUACAACCGUUUAGGAUUGUGAACGUGUAGGGUUUUCUACAGAUUGAUUGGUUAGUUUUGUUUCAAAUAGCCAUUACAGUGUCGAUUGUAGCAUUUGGGGACCUCUCUGCCCUGGCACUGAACCAGCAAUCGGGUUCCUUGUCAGUGCUGAAGAGCCAUUUAUAGUACAGUAAGGUCUGUAUGGCUGGACUCUGGAUGCCAAUUUUGUGAGCAAUUUUUUUUUAUAAUGUGUGUG